CGUCAAUCUAAAGUGGUCACGUUUGGGGAAGUGCUGUAGCUUUGGCUAAUGUUAUGCUAAAUCGAGUCAGGCCUUCUGUAAUAAACGUUAAACCUAACAUGCAGACGAGACUGACAUAAACCAGGAGUCAGAGUGCUGGGUCCCUAUGGCUGUGUAUGAUGAGGAUAUUCUGAAGAAUCCAUUUUACCUGUCAUUGGAGAAGCAAAGACCGGACCUCUGCAACCGAGUGGCGGAAGUACAUGGCAUUGUCUUGGUUCCAUGUCGUGGAAGUUUAUCAGCUAGUUCAUACACAGCAGCACAGUUUGAGAGCUAUGUCCUCUUGCCUGCAGAACAAGGCUUCCAGACAGUUGAUGGGAAGGAGGUGGCAAUAGAAAAUAACCAGGUGCAUUUGGUGACUGGGUUUGUGAGCCCUGCUUCACUCCCCAUUUUGUUUGAGGAGACAUUCUACAACGAGAAGGAGCAGGCCUACAGUAUCCUGUGUAUCAACCGGCCGGUUGACUCUGAGCCCAGCACAGUUGAGCUGAGUCCUGUCCCUACAAACUACUGCCUGAAGAAUGUCGAGGAGGUAAAGGACUUCCUGGGUCGCCAUGCCGAGAAACUGGAUAAAUUCAUUUCUGUGUUCUGCCAGUCCUUUAAAGAGCAGGAAAGGAAGGGUCUGCGCCAUCACAUAGAUGCCGUACAUGCCCUGUAUACAAAAUGUCUUCAGUGCUUGCUGAGAGAUUCACGUCUGAAGGUGCUGACCAAGCAGGAGCUUCAGAUGACCCUUCUCAAACAAGCAGUGGAGAUGUACAUACACAAUGAUAUCCAUGAUCUCCUCUUUAGUUAUGUGGGAACUCUCGAAGCAACUCAGGAUGCUGCAUUCAAUAAAACAACAAGAGGGCUGCAGGAACUGCAGCAGAAAGAUCUUGGAGUGAAGUCAGACUUCAGUAUAAAUAUUCCUCGUGCUAAGAGGGAAUUAAGUCAGCUUAACCGUUGCAGUUCUCCCCAGCAGAAGCUUCUCUGCCUCAGGAAGGUUGCCUUCACCAUCAUGCAGUCACCCAGCCGCAAAGUUAACUUGGAGGCGGUAUGUGCAGAUGAUCUCCUUUCAGUUAUUCUGUAUCUACUGGUGAAAACUGAGAUUCCUAAUUGGAAGGCAAAUCUCAGUUACAUAAAAAACUUCCAUUUCUGCAACUCCACCAAGGAUGACCUGAGUUACUGCCUGACGUCGUUUGAGGCAGCUGUGGAGUACAUCAGCCAAGGCAACCUUAAUCAAGGGCCGACGGGCUCAGGAGAGCUGAAUGACAAACUGUUCUUCAGGCAAAAGAUGAAUCUUCUUUCUCAGAGUGCUUCUACACCUAUAGACUGUUUGUUUGAGCAUAUAGCACAUGGAAACAAGGCAGAGGUCCAGCGCUUGCUAAGUGAAGGCGAGAGUGAGGAAGACAAGAGACAGAUGUGUCACCCUCUGUGCUCCUGUGAUGCAUGUGACCAGCAUUUGUCAGGGAGAUUGAAUGACCCAUCUAUAGUCACUCCGUGUUCCCGGGAUGACCGAGGCUACACUCCUCUUCAUGUUGCUGCUAUAUGUGGUCAGUCUCUGCUGGUUGACCUGUUGGUGUCAAAGGGAGCUGCAGUGAAUGCCACAGACUACCAUGGCCUCACAGCUCUGCACCUCAGCUGCCAGAAGGGCUAUCAGGGUGUCACGCUGCUGCUGUUGCACUAUAAAGCAAACCCAGAUGCUCAGGACAACAAUGGGAACACUCCUCUUCACCUGGCUUGCAUGUACGGGCACGAGGAUUGUGUAAAGGCCCUGGUUUACUACGACCUGCACACAUGCCAGCUGAAUGUGCAGAAUGAUAAGGGGGAUACGGCACUGCACGUUGCGGCCCGUUGGGGUUACGAAGGCAUCAUGGAGGUGCUGCUGGAGAACGGUGCCUCCACUCUCCUCCAUAACAAGGCCAAUCAGAGCCCACUCCACUGCGCACUCAACUCCAGGGUUCUGUCCUUACUGGAGCGCACAUAUGAAAAAUGUGCCAGUAAAAAGGCUCCCAGUCAUACUCCACAGCCAGCUGACCACAGCAGUAGACGUACCUCUGUGUCCAGUACGUCCUCGUUCAUCUCUGUGGAGGCCAAUUCCGAGAGUGAGCGCACGCACCUAAAGGAGGUGGAGAAAUUACUGCGGGCAGUGGCAGAUGGAGAUGUGGAAAUGGUACGCUACCUGUUGGAGUGGUUAGACGAAGAGCCAGAGAAUGAAGAGAAAGCUGAAUUGCCUGAAAAAACAGAACUGUGCCACCCUCUGUGCCAGUGUCCAAAGUGUGAACCUACACAAAAGAGGUUAUGUGUCCUGCAGCUGGACAGUUUGGGAGUCAACAGCAGCAGUGCAGAUGGUUUCACGCCACUGCACGUGGCAGCACUGCACGGACACACGGUGCUCGUCAAUUUGUUCAUCCGUCACGGUGCCAACAUCAACGCCUGUAAUGGCCAGAAUGCCACUCCACUCCAUCUGGCCUGCCAGAAUAGCCAUACACAGGUGAUAAGCUCUCUGGUGGAGUGCAAUGCCAAGCUAAAUAAGAAGGAUCAGUUUGGGAACACUCCCCUGAUUCAAGCCUGUUUAAAGGGACAUGAGGAAACAGUAGCAGUGCUAAUGGAGAGUGGUGCCUCAUUGAACCUGGCCAAUAAUCAGGGUAACACGGCUCUACACGAGGCAGUGAGAGGAGGACACCAGACUCUUGUGGAGCGGCUGCUACAGGCUGGGGCUCUCACACACCUCAGGAACAAGAGACAGUACACUGCACUGGACUGUGCUCAGGAGAUUAACACAGCGAUUCUUAGGAUUCUACAGAAAGCCUGUGCAUCCAGUCUUGAAGCUGAUUCAAUCAAACAGUUCUGCAUAGCCCAAAGACAGCUAGGAAAAAGUGAGAGAAUACAGCAGAUGAAUAAAUCGCAAGACAGUACCAUCCUUCUCUCCACCGACUCUCCAAAUAUGGGUUUAGAUGACCUGAGUUAUAGAAGGCGACUACGGCGGGGAGAGACUGUCGAUGGUUGCAACCUCUUCAUCCAUCCUCCUGAAAACUCACACUCCUUCAAACAGGCCGCGCUGAACCAGGCCAGAAGCUUAUGCCGAAGUCACACCAUACACAAGGACCUGACCACACAGUGUAGUUCCACUGCAGUCAAAAUGUCCGAUGGUAAAGCUAAUGACCAUCCUGCUAAUCUCUCACCUAAACCUGAACAGGUUAUUGGGAAGGCUGACGAGGGCAUGCAGGACAACUUGAAGAAGGAGGAGGAGAAGGAGAAGGAGGAGGAGGAGGAGGAGAAGGAGGAGGAGAAGGAGGAGGAGAAGGAGGAGGAGGAGGAUCAGAAGGAUCAGAACAGGGGCAAAAACUUGUCUUGGGUUUCCACAGAGAUGGAUAAUAUUGUGCUCUAAGGACCUCAGAGACUGUUUCAGACAUGAUGAAACAAGAUCACUAGAAGCUAUGCAUUUAGCUGUUCUUUUGAACAUUUAACUGACCAGGUUUAAUGUCCUUGCUUCAGUCGGUGAUACUAAACCCACCCCAGCCACUGACAUGAAUGACACGAUGCUUUAGCUCAAACUCGAACUGCUUUUAAACAGUCUAAAGCUUCAGCUUUAAUUCAGUGAACUGACUAUGAGACACAAUUUAAAUAUAACUGCUAGGGGUUGAGAGACUGCGAGGAUUAAUGAACUCUUGAAAGGCUUGCAUAAUGUUACAAUUAUUAUUUGUAAUAUAAAGGGAGAUGAACUGAAGAUGUAUUUCCAGGACUAAAACGAUCCAAGUGUAACACAAAAUGAGAUGCUGACAAAAACUGUACAUUUAAAAGUCCCAUAUCCUACAUUUGUUUGUGUUUAAUACUUUCUGCUGAAGACCACAUAUAACAUCGUGUGGCUUUAUGUAGAAAAAAAUUAUUUCCCUGAUAGUGCCCUUAAAACAUUUUAGAGUGAAUCCAGCCUGCAGUUUUAUUUUACCAGCAAUUUUACCAGCAUAGUUUUAUUUUCUAGCAACAUAAAAAGGGAUACUUGGGCAUAAUUAUCAAGACCAAGUUUAACAUGGUCUAGCUUAUCAUUUGACUCUUUGAUAUUGAUUUAUCAAGCCACUACCAUGUUACAUGAGCUUAGGCGUCACUUACAGUACAGAAGCAUGAGUUACCACAUAUUUCCCAGUGAGCGAUGCUUCUUCCUAAAAGUGGAACAUGCUUUGCAAGAUUUUUGACAUUUCUUUUGACUUGACUGAUUUGAUUUCAAAUACUACUCGGGUAGUAUAACAAUAGAUUAUUUUUUUUCUUUCAUCUUGAUUUGAUUGAGUUAUUUUAAGUUAUUUAAAAAAAAUGUGGAAUGUAGAUAUAAAAAGAAAUGCAGCUAUUUUAGAUGCCAAGGACUUUCUUCUUUCUUAAUUCAAUUAAGCAAAUCCUUCCUUGAUACAGCCACAAAGUAUACAUUAGACAGUAUUCUGGACCAGUACUGUGUUCUAGGCAUGCACUUUAUUCCUUAAAAUAUAUACAUACAGUUCUAACUGGAGAUUUUCAGACUGUUGACAUGUUUGGUAUACCUGUACAUGAAGACUAAUCCUGACAUGGAACAGUUUCACUGUGUUUUUCAGUUUUAGGUCUAACGUGAAUUAGUGACAUUUUCAAGUUUGAAAUUCGUCGCCAAACGCAACUGAACUUUCUGGGUUGUAGCAUCUGUGCAGCUCUAAUCUGGAAAAACAACAAGUAUUUUUGUACACGUCCCUUUAAGUGUUAUUCAUGUAAUAAUGCAGUGAAUGUGCCUUAUUUAAACGGGGUCAGAAUAACCUAUGAUGAAGUCAUAAAUCAAUGUUUUUCAGUGAUGAAUAAAAAAAAAAAGAAAUUGUUCA